CUCCUCAGGCUUCUCUCACACAACCCAGCCAACACACAGACCAUCCCGAGGUCGCGCAGGUCCCCCGCUCCCACUGAGACAUAUUACUGAUGCUCGGCUGCAGCUGAAGAAAAGGACUGCACCAGCACCUUAACUCACACACUCUCACACACACACACACACACACAAACACACAGACACACAGACACACACAUAGAAACGUGUGCCCUUCAUGGCUAUGCAGCCCCAUUGCAGACCGCUCUUCCUCCUCCUCAUCCUCGUCAUCCAACUUCUGAGCCAAGCGGCGCUGGCCGAGGCCAAAAAGAAGACGCAGCCGCCCCCGUCCAGGUCCGCCGUGCCGGGGUCGGGCGAGCUGACCACCAAGGCUGGCCACAGCUGCACCUGGGCCACCUCCGACAGCGCGUCCGACAGCGCGGUGGCCCUGCAGGUGAGCUGCUCCGUCCCGGGAGAGGCGCCCCCCGUCGAAACGUACCAGUGCCGCUUCGUGGGGAAGCCUGACCUGUGCCCGGCGUACGCCGCCAAGGCCAACCAGUACUGGAAACAGGUGGUGAGCAAGCUGAAGAAGCGGAGCUACGCCUGCGAGGGCGAGAAGGUGCUGAAGACGCGCCUCUGCAAGAAGGCGCCGUCCGCGUCCCACGUUCGCCUGGCCGAGGGGGCCGCGGAAGACAAGAAAAUGGAAGAAAAGGAGGAGGAGGAGGAGGAGGAGGAGGAGGUGGUGAGGGGGAAGGAGACGGCGGCGCCCGUGGCGAGGGAGGCGGAGGUGGCGGCACGACGGGCCGAGAGGGAGGGCAAGCCGGAGCCGCUGCUGGGAGACGCCGCUGGACACGGGGCAGUCGGCGACGGCAACGCCGAUUCAGAGGUGUCCAACUACUGCACAGAGGGGUGGCAUUCCCUCUGCUCCUUCUUUGUCAAGUUCUUUGAUGGGUAGAGAGAGAGAGAGGAGAGAUGGGAAAUGACCUUCUACUGCUUGUCAUUGCAACAGUCAGGUAUAGAUUUGUCUCCAGAUUGAAGUUCUUAUGCAAAAUGGAAUUGAUCUGUUAAUUUCUUUAAAAUGAUAAUCAUGCAAAAAUGUUGAAAUAAGAAUACAGAUAAUAUGAAACUGUUCGAGCUCAUUUUUAUUCCUUCAAUUUCUUAAGUUAUAGGAACCAGCCAGUGGAUGUAGAAAAAACAGCUAGGGACAAAUGACCAAGUGUAGAAUUUGCUGUAUAAUAUUUAAAGUACAACUAAUCAUAUUUUUUCAUAAGAGUGUCACAGUCUUGUUACUAGAUAGGACUGUUUUAAAUAAUCCUUUGUAAAACAUAUGGUACCUCUGUGAAUAAAUGAGAAAUUAGAUUUCAA